AUGUCGGCUAUGACAGGCUCCAGAUCACCUACCUCCCCUUGGCCGUCAGACUGCCAGAAUCUGCAGCUUGACAACCCACCAAGCCCAACAUCGUUUUUCUCUUUUUGUGAUACUCAAACCUCAACCCAUGGAGCUCCCGGGCUUACCUCCUCAAAUACAAUCCUUGAACGUUCUGGGCCUGACCAUUUCUCGAUAAGUCUGGAAAACGGAAAUAUCCAAGAGACGGUACCACAUACUCAAUCUGCAGGAUCCUAUCCAAAGAUACAUCUUCCAGACACUAGACCCCUUGAACACAACUGGAGUUUUCCGACAUCUGGGCUUAUGUUCAACAGCCACUCGAAAGAGCCCGCGGGUUGCGGUUCAUGGAACCGAAAUAUAGUGUCUCAAGGUGCUAAUGCACAUUCAGGACAGUCGAGCUCGAUGGAAGGACGUCCCAUCUCUACAGAUGAAUGUGCAGCGCUUCUUGGGUCCUCUGAUCGGAAUGUCAUGCUUCUCGAUGUACGACCUUACGCGCAUUUUGCCAAGGGUACCAUCAAUGGUUCUCUCAAUUUGUGCAUACCGACAACCCUGUUGAAGCGACCCUCGUUCGACACACAGAAAUUAGCAAAUACCUUUACAGCUGAUCAUGAUAAGAAAAAGUUCGCGCAAUGGCGGCAAACUCACUACAUCAUCGUGUUUGAUGCCGCUACAUCCGAUAUGAAAGAUGCUGGGCCGCUGGCUAAUGUGUUGAAGAAAUUCACUAGUGAAGGUUGGGGAGGGGAGCCUCGGAUUCUGCUAGGGGGUUACAAAACGUUCUCGUCUCAGUUUCCCCAUCUCAUCAAACAGCCGCAGCUUUCAGCUCCAGGAGUUACCACGAAGAAAAAACCCAAAAUGCACAUUGAUCUCCCUUCAGCUGCUCCAGUCGCAGGCGGAUGUGCUCUUCCCGAGUCAUCUCAUGCUGCGAUACCCUUUUUCGCUAACAUCAGGCAACAUAUGGACUUGGUUGACGGUGUCGGACAGAUACCUAUACAACUCCCUCCUGGUUUCACUGAGCUUGGGAGACAGAAACUUCCAGUCUGGCUACGUGAUGUGUCAGAGGCCUCCGACAAGGGUCGCAAAGUCUCUGAGAGAUUUUUGGGUCUCGAGAAAAGGGAGCUUGCGCGCAUGAAACGAGCACUGUCUUACGAUAAAUCCGACACUUCUGCGGCGAUUGACUCCUCGUCAGAGAAGUAUCGCGUUGCAGGAAUCGAGAAAGGAACGAAAAAUAGAUACAAUGACAUCUAUCCCUUUGAACAUUCCCGAGUGAGACUGCAAAAUGUUUCUCCUGGCGGCUGCGACUAUGUGAAUGGAAAUCACCUAAAAGCUGAAAAGAGCGGUAAAUGCUACAUCGCUACCCAGGCUCCGGUUCCGGAUACCUUUAAUGAUUUUUGGCGAGUUAUAUGGGAACAGGACGUGCGACUUAUUGUUUCAUUGACUGCCGAGGUCGAAAGGGGACAAGUCAAAUGCCACCCUUACUGGAAAUCUGGCGACUAUGGUCAGUGCCAGGUCAACAAUUUCUCGCAGAAGUUGAUUUACCUGAAUUCUCGAGAUUCACCUCACAUAAAUUUAGAGGGUAGCCAGUUGCCUCCCGAUGUGAAAGACGACCCUGGAAAUCCAUAUAUUAUUGUCAGACAUUUCGGACUGCAUGCGUCCCAACAACUUUACGGUGCUCGUUUUCGUUCAGACUGUGUUACCUUCCAGUCUGAUAUCAGCUCUAUCAAUGUGAAAGCAUCCGUGUUGGCGUCUACGGGGACCUCGGCGCUUGCGCUCGUCUUCCGAGAACAAGAAUGCAUCAAGCUAUUCCACAUUGUUGAGGGAGGACUCCGACCUCAGGCACACUUGGAACUUCAAUGGUGUCGACCAGGUGCUGUGGAAAUCCUCAAGACGAGCUUUGAUGGUGACGAUACGUUAUAUGUACUCCAUCGAUUUAAGCCUUCAUUAGAGGACAGUGAUUGUUAUGCGAGACACACGUUUGUUAGACACGCCAUGCAGUCUGGGACCGAUACGACGGUAUACCUCUCUCGGUAUUCAUUAGCGUCGCUUUAUGGCACCGUGCGCAUCUGUGCUUUUCCUGAUCAUGCAAAUUACGAACCUUUGGCUCUCGCGGCAGCGCGGGGAGGCAUUUUUGCCAUUUCAUGGCAGCAUAAUCAGGACACAAGCGACAUCGAGGUGAUUCUAUAUAUCAGUUCAUCAGAAUCUGAUUGUGAGAUACGGCCGGAGGUGAUUGGAUUGCAAAGCAGGCUAGCACGAGGUCUUCCUCCAUACGAUAAUAGCUCCGUAGUAGGUCUCCGGUUCAACGACAAAUCCAGUCAACUGCUCUACUGCUAUCGCGGUCAAACCUUGUACGGCUCUUUCCAGAGAGUUGACAUGUCUUCCUUCCCCAUACAGCCUACACUGUAUGAAAACUCCUGCCCUGUGCAGUUUACGGACUCCCUAUGCCUUCUCUUUUCCAUUGAGGUGCCUUUCUUCGGAACCCACGAAACCCAGUUUCUGGACGGAUUCGCUCGUUGUCAGUGGAAAUACCUCUCUUUUGGCUUAGCGACCCAUCGCGAAGAACAAUGGACUGUCGCGUGCUUAUUGAAGUCCGAAACAUUCUGUCGCGCACAGAAUUGCCAGCAUGUCCUACAGCUUGAACGAGGACGGCGACUGCCCGACUGGACUGUCGUUGCACGACUCUGGGGAUUCCAGCCCUCCACUAACUCCCUUGGCUGCAUAGUUGCGGCUUCAAGACAAGGAACCAGGCUCGCAGUCGCCAACUGGAAAACAGUCUAUGUCUGGGCUAUUGAGCCGAAUGUGCUGAUUGAAGAGAAUUCAAACGGGUACUAUCCUCUAGCUUCACAAGCGCCAGAUUCCAGCAUGAUUGAACUGCGGCCGAUAGCUCUGACGCUGGAAGCUGUCUGCUUCCAACUGCAAUUUGCUCAGGAAGAAAACGGACUGAUAGCACUCACGGACAAGGGCGUCAUGUGCUGGGAUCUCAGCUCGCGGGGAAGAGGACGGCGCCUGGUGCAACAUAUUUGA